AUGUCAUUCCGUGUUCGAGCUGUUGCAUUCAGGGCGCCUGAUCUCGGGCUUUUACCAAAGUCAUCACCAAUCUACCAAGCGAUCCCGGCUCUCCAGGUUCGCGCGAAAUCAACCGCCAGCAUUCUUCGCAGCAGCGACCUCAACAAAAAGAGUACUGGCAAUAAUAUCGACGACUAUGAUACCUCAAAGAACAAGGUCCUCUCUCAGGUACCUAUAUAUACCACUGGCCUCAGUCGACUCAGGGAACACUUCACAACAUCCAUACAGGAGGACAUCAUGAUCACAUCGUAUCGACACCAUCAUAAGAAAAAGAAGCAGAUCCCUGAAGGCGUCAAAAUUGAAUUGAAGGGUAAAAGACAUCUCAGGCCAGCACCUCGGCCGUCGUCACCAACCGAAAUUCCUGAACUCGUCAAGAUCGACAUCCAUUGUAUGAUGAAGGAAGCGAUUACCAGCAAAUACAACCUUUUGAGCGGCAUCAUGGCUAUCCAAUCUAUUACAGGAGAGACACCAGAGAUCAUUUACGCGAAAAAGGGUGUUCACAACUGGAAGUUGCGGAAAGGAAUGCCCAUUGGUUGCCGGGUAACAUUGAAGGGAGACAAGAUGUAUCAGUUCUUGGACAAGCUGGUGGAGGUGGUCUUGCCAAAGAUGAAGGAAUGGCCCGGUCUUCCAGAAGGAUCAGGGGAUGGCACAGGAAACAUUGGCAUGGGGUUCCAGCCCUCGGCACUUUCAUUGUUCCCUGAGAUCGAGAGCAACUUUGACAUGUAUCCACGGAUGACAGGAUUUGACAUCACGUUCAAUACGACGGCAUACACGAACUUAGAUGCGAGGCUUUUAAUGAGCGGUUUCAACAUGCCAUUCCAAAAAUCGAGUACCGCCGCAAGGAAGGAAAUCGCUGGAUCUACAAAGAAGCUCGAUGUAGCUGAGAGCUUAGAAGAUCGGAGAACUCAUAAUGCAUGA